CUUAUUGGGCAAUUUUCCAUUUUUGAAGGCGGCAAUAUAAUGAUUGGAUGGACUCAUAUGUUAUCUAAAUGGGUAUUGUACAGUGUGGAGCUUAUCCUUUCUAGGUAUCAGAAAAGCAUCCUUGAGACAGAAGAAGAAGAAGAAGAGAGAAGCACCCAAGAAAAGGCUUCCCAAGAUUAUAUGGAGGGAACUAACUACCCCUGUACAAGAUUCCGAACAUGCAAAGAGCUUCUAGAAUCAGUGAGAAGGGUUGAUGAAGAGGGAAAUAAGGUAUCAGUGAGUGACAUGACAGAGUUAGAGGAGGAACUUAGUGCUGCUCUUAUGCAUACACGUUCUAGAAAGACACAAUUGAUGAUGGAGCGAAUAUCGAGCCUUCAUGAACAGGAAAAGAAAUUAACAGAGGAAAAGGAAGAAAUGAAGCAGCAGUUACAAUUACAGGUGGCAUCAGCAGCAAAACAGAAAGGAUAUUUGGACGAUGGUGCAAGUAGCCAUUGCUACAAGACCAAUUCAUCUCAACUACUUAUAACACUCCCUCUCUUCAACUUCAAGGAUUUGGAUUAAUCUUUGAGUACCCACCCUGCAAAAUCAAUAAAACGACUUUGGAAAAAAUAUACUAUAUACUCUGCAUGUAGUAGUGAAGAAGGGGAGACUUUGUGCAUAUUAUUGAUUCAUCACUAGACGCUUGUGCUCUUGCUGUAUCAUUUGACUUUAUUUUUUAUUCCUAAUGCCGAAUUAUAUAUA